UAGGAUUGAAGCGUAUGAAUUGAUGUGUGCUUUUGAUAAUGCAUAGAGCUUUUGUGUGGAUCAGAGCGGAUACUGUGUCUGGAUCCCGUAUUUCUUUUUUUCCAGAACGCACAUCGCAAACCCACCUGCGGAAAUAUGGCCUACGAGCCGUAUACAGUACGCAAAUAGAACUGCGGCCUACGUUAACCGGGUACUGAAACAUUAAUAAUUUGAACUGGCUGUCCAUGCUGUUCACGCUGCUCAAAAUAGUGCGCACACACCUAUCGCCUGCGCAAAUACUGUGUUAAACCACUCCAGAUCAUAGAACAUGAAUCAUGGUGAUUCAGGAAGUUUAGAGAGUAAAGGCUUGGAGACCGCGCGACUUGCCGAACCAAAGGUAGAAGCAUAUGGUGUAUUGUCCCUACGCUCUCGGAGUAUGCUGUUUUCUUGUUUGAGUACGUUCGCUAUAGCAGGCGGGUGCUAUGGAAAUUGUGGAGCGCUGUACCAAAAAAGGAAUCGAGGUUGUGAACGUGGACGGCUUAAAGUUCAUGCGGAAACGCAAACGGACAGAAAAGGAUCCUGAGCAGGCUGGGGAGCCGUGUGGGCAACCCGGUGUGCAAGCCAAUCCAGGCCCAGAGCCAACGAACACGCAGGCUACCCCGGGUUUCGAUGGCACUGCUCUUGCCGCUGCAUCUGGAACAGCACAGAACGCUGCCUUCAAUACUGGUAGCCCCAUAGCUCAUGAAAUGAGCGAGGAGCAGCCGUCCAUAGCCCAAACGGCUUCACAAGUACCGCUUUCACCGGAGGAGGACGUUGGCACGGAGCAGCCUCCUGGCUCCGGCAGCCCUAUGGCUGCUGACGGAAAACAGCCCAUGAGCGAACCGGCCCAGCCGCCCGUCCGUGAGCAGGACCUGCAAGCAGUCGUUAGCAACCUUCUCAAGUUCAUCCCUACAGGGUGCCCAACCGCAGUUGCCAUCACUUGGCUUCUACGGGAAACACUGCGCGUCGCGGUUCCGCCUGGGGACGAGGCGGGUGCGGCCACUGCGGCCACGGUGCUGCAGAGCUUCCAGCGGGGCUUUGACAAACAGGUGGCUGCUGCACAGCAGCUGCUCCUCCUGGGGGAUCCAGAGCAUCUCGAACAGUUUGACAAGUUGGCACCCAUAGUCCGCAACAUGUGCGCGACGGAACGUCAUGUGGUCAGCCUGAAGCAGCAGCUGGAGGCGCUCCGGCGUGAGGAGGCUGAAUGGCUGGCACUGGAGGAGAGGUACCGCUCGGGUGCUUGCGGCAUUUGUGGCGAGGACGCUACCAGUCUAGCCGUGUCUGGCGGCGAUAUGGAGAUAGAGCAAAACCAAGAACACGUUGACGUCGCAGUGCUGGAGUCGGCACAGCAGCGAGCAGAACUCCAGCUCUCGCUACAGAAGGAUGCCGGCGGUUGGACGGUUGGCGCCCAGGUGGACGCCAUCAACGAUAUGCUGGACAAGGCGGAAUUCAUGGUGGCCAGAGCGCAGCAGAAGUGUGCCAGUAUGCAGGCCGAGUACCAUAAGGAGAACUUCCAGUCUUAUGCCCACGUCAAUUCGCCGCAAGUGCUUGUGAAGAUGCUUUCCCAGGCCCUGCCUUCUGCAGCCAUGGACUUCGUGCCGGCGUCACAGCCUGGCGAUGACUGACAAGUGACGGCAUUUCUAGUUGCUUGCUGCCUGGAUGAAGUGUCGCCCUCACCGGGAAUCAAGGAAAGAUAUGCCUCGCACAUUGGAAUGACCGGCGAACUUGGCGCUUUAAGCCCAGUCAAUUGGUUAGAUACGUUCGCUUAUGAUAAGGGCGUCCUUUCUACGUAAGGCCG